UGGAGAACAACGGCUAUUUUUGUUCGGGUGGUUAAGUCCACUGUCAAGCUAGCAGCCCAGGAGCUAGCUGUUAGCUGUAGCUACUUACAAAGAUAAUCUGCCAAACAUACUUGCUGUUUGUUUUUAUUUAUUUUUACACGUUCCGCAAUCUAAAGAUCUAGAUAAUUUAAUUUGUAUUCUCCGUUUGUUUCGCUGGAAUAAGAUGGUCGUUUUGACGAAUAACAACGAAGAACAGGAUUAUAUCCUGAUAGAGGAGCGUAAAUGCACUUCCCUGCCUAACUCUCCCGCCAAGCGAGUGUCUCCCGCCAAAAAGAAGCAAUUCUAUAUCAACCAAGCCAUUCGCAACUCUGACCUCACUCCUCGAGCCAAAGGCAAGAAGAGCCUCCGUCGACAGGAGAACACACUCUACCUUGCUAAUCUACUGGAGCGGGAUGAGUGCUCCAAAGAUGAUCUGGAAGUUUGCAGUAACCCGGCCAUCCCGUCCAUCUUCACUGAAGCCUGCACCAAUGGAAACUACAUAGAACCGUGGAAUGACUUCAUGAAUUGCUCCGGUGAGGAGCAGGAGAGGCUGUUGUCUCUACUGGAGGAGGAGGGGGCCAAGAAGAAAAACAAAGACCAGAGGAAUGUAAAUCUUGCCUUCACAUCUCAGGACUGCUUCCAGAGAAUCGACCGCAGGCUGCGAGCAACUCUGAGACGGAAAAAAAUCCCCAUGGGAACUCUGGAAGUACUUGAGAAAAACCUUCUGAGCUUCUUCAGAGCUGAACCUCAGUCAGUUUACACAACCAACCUCGCCAGCAGCUUUGAGAGACUGCUGCUUCACGCCGUAUGCCAGUAUAUGGACCUCGUCUCUGCAAGCACCAACAACCAAGGGUCACGUCAGACUGAGGUGGUCAACAAACAAGAAGAGUUUCUGCCUCCUAGACUUCUGCUGUCAGCCCACCUGGAGCAGAUGAGCUGAGAUUGGGACCACUGUUUCCUCCACAUGGCCUUGCUGCAGGCAGGAGCUCAGAGAGAUGUAGAUAAGCUGCCCAUGUUCUGUCUUGUGUGAAGUUCUCCAAGCUCAGAAAACAAAACUGAAAAAUGCUUCCCUUUUCUCUGGUUGGUCGCUGGUUUCUGUAGUAAGUUUUCCAUUAGUUUCAUCCAUAAACAAAUCAAGUCUUUGUGUGUUAAUAGGGGUAUACAUGCUAAAUUUUAGCAUGCUGCUGUUAGCAUUCAGCUCACAGCUAAGCCAAAGUACAUGAGGUUGACUGAGGGUAACAAAGUACAACUUGCCUUGCAGAGAAUAACCCUUUUCAUUUAGGGGACAUGACCUCUCUUGCACCAUCCUCUGGCCCCAAUUGACACUUUCUGCCCCACUGGUAAAGAUUGUUGUAUAUAAAAAGAAGUACAGCAUCAUGGAGCUUUUUCCCACUCAUCGUUGGGAUUAAAAUGAAUUCCAUUCCCCAAGUUUUGGAAAGAGCAUGUGGUAAUAUCAGGGUCUGAGUUAUGAUGUGGAAUUCACAAUAACAAAUUCACUAUACAAGCACAUUAACCAUACCUUUUUUUUUUUUUAACGGACAACAGUUGUGAUAAGAACGAUAGCAUUAUGCCAAAGUUGAUGUUUGAGCUGUAAAUCCUUAAAACAGCGGGUUAAUGAACCGUUGAUCUAUAAUGUCCCUUUUCAUAGUGCAAAUGCUAGAAUUUCACGAAUUAACAGCUAUAACAAAUAAUUCAUAACAAUAAAUAUUUACAAUAUUAACCUUUAAAUAAUGGAAGAUUUACUAUGAACUCUGUAUUGCUAAUGAUGAAUGACAGUUUGUAAAAAGGUGCUAAGACUUAGGAAAUGCUGUAGUACAUCAGGAAAUGCACCACUGCCUGAAGGUUUAGCCUGUAGGAUUUGUGUAAGUAGUAAGAAGCAUGAAAAGUAAUAGUCUCUACAUUAUAUGCACAAACACAAGCAGAUGUCUUUCGUUCGAGGGUGUGAUUCUGAUAUGCAUGGGACGUAAAGUAAUUCAUUGGUAAUUAUCUCUGUAUCUAUCUGUAUUAUGUAUGAGAAGAACUCCCUCUUUAGGCACAAUUUCAUCAGGAUCUAUUUUUGUUUUCUUUGUAUCUUUCUCUGCUGUCUUUGUCUAGCCUUGUCACCUUGUCUACACCGGCCGUGUUUCAGCUGCAUUUUUUUCAUCAUCUGAGGGACAUGCUUGUAUUUUAACCAAUCAAGCUGUCACUUUUUUUAACGAAGAGUAACUACUGCAUAACAACUGCGACUUGAUUUUAAGUUCACGUCUGUUUGUUUCUACUUACAACCUAAAGUGCAUGAUUGUAUGGCAGCACUUAGCUAAUCCAGUGGAGAUACUUAACACCACUUCAGCUGCUGAUGUGUUGCCUUCACUGCACGCUGGUGUAGACAAAGUGUAAAUGUUACUUCAGUCAUGGUCAAUAAUCAAAGACAAGAUAAUUGUAAAACUGCUAGUAACCCUGUACUUUUAGAUUUAUUAAUGGAUUUCUUGCAGCACACAGUGCUGACUCAGUUUACACUUAGCACACAGCUCGUUUAAAGCCUUUUUUUACACUAGCAAAAUGGUUUAAAGAUACAAUGUAUGUACAUGUGUUACAUUGCUAACAUUUUAGGUGUUUUGAUGGUAAAAACCUGCUGAGUUUCAUCUCAAUAUUAACAUUUACAACCCCAGAAAAGCACUUCUGCCUUAUGAAUACAAGUUUUUUUCUGUACAUAUAUUUCUAUGUGUGUACGUGACUUGAUUUUGGAAACAUUAUAUUUAAAAAAUAUAUAUAUCACAUCAAUUUCUUUUCAUACUAUCAUUGGCAGUGUAACGAAACUUGACUUGGUGGUGCAUUUUGUCAACAACCAAAGUUGUGCAUUUGUGGAAAUCCAAUUUCUCAGGCUUAAACUUCUCACUUUGAAUGUCAUGUAGGGAUAUCACAUGGUGUCAUUUUUUGUGUACUGUAUAUGUUCUUCAAGAUGAACUUGUUUUCAUCAUGUUCACCCCAGCACCUUGGGGUGCUGCCAACUUUUUAAAGAUGUGUAGGAGUAGUUUUACUGUUAUUCAUGAACUCAGAUCGUUGACAUGUGCCAACAUUGGAUUGAAAAAGCCUAUAAUAGUGUGAAUAGCUUUAUACACUAGACUCAAACAUCUUUGUGUAUAUAAUAUGUGUGUGUUACAGUACCUAUUUAUAAUUAUUACUGCAACUAUUAAAAAAAAAAUGAAAAUA